AAUACCUAGUGUUUUUUGUUUGUUUAACUAUUGCCAUUGUCGUCUACCCAGCUAGGUAGUUUGUUUACGAACAGGUUAAGUGAUUCUCCUCAAUCUUAGUUUCCCAACUAGCUCGUGAUGUCUCCUCGGGAGAAAGCCCCCGGAGCUUGGUCCGACUUUCGAGCCGGAGCCGGAAGAGAGCUUAAUGAUCUAAGCAACCCUCUCAUUCAUCCCUUCAAUUUCGUAUCAAAGAUACUUCAGUGGCAGUUCCAAAUCGGCUUCCUUAUAUUCCAAUGGUUUGCCGACAAGCUAUUCUCCCCAACACCUCCGGGUCCAAGCACCCAGUUAGGGAGACCUAAGGUUGCUAUUAUCGGUGCUGGUAUAACUGGCGUGACAUCAGCAGCUCAUUGCAUUGGUCAUGGAUUUGACGUCGUAAUAUUCGAGGCUGGUGAUAAAAAGAGCCUAGGAGGCAUCUGGAGCAAAGUAAAUAAUACUUCAAGCUUACAAAUACAUUCGUUCAUGUAUCGAUUCCACCCAUCAGUCAAAUGGCAACACGGUUAUCCAGACCGACAGCAAAUCGUCAGCCAGGUCAAGCAGUUGUGGGAACGAUAUGGCCUGGACACGAGAACCAAAUUCAAUACAAAAGUCGAAAAGAUGUACAAAGACGAGAAGGGUCGCUGGAUUAUCAACAACCCGGCGAACGGUAGAUACGAAGGUGUGAUAGCGGCCGUAGGAACAUGCGGAGAUCCCAAAAUGCCGAAGAUGGACGGCAUGGAUAAAUUCAAGAAUCACAUUUACCAUUCUAGCGAGUUAACUGGGGUUGACGCGAAAGGAAAAACCAUGAUAAUUAUUGGUGGCGGUGCGUCGGCCGUUGAAGCUUUGGAAUAUGCUUCUGAUGAGGGAGCAUCGAAGAUUUAUAUCCUCUCACGCAGUGACAAGUGGAUCAUCCCUCGCAACUGGGUUGUUGAUAUUUUACUUUCUUUGAACAUUUGGGGACAGGAGACUAUGUUGUCUGUUAUCCCCGAAGCCCUACUCAAGAAAUUCUUCUAUCGAGACCUGCGAGACCUAGCGCCGGACGACAAGGGAAUUUUUAUGGAUACGCCAAUGGUCAAUUCGGACGUGAUGGACAAGCUUCGCUCCGGUCAAGCUGAAUGGGUCAGAUGCGAUAUCGAAACUUUCACCGAGACUGGAGUGCUUGUGAAUAAGAGAGAUAAAGGCGUACCGAGAGGAGGGCCCGGUAAACGAGUCAAUGUCGAGGGUGAUAUGAUAGUCAUGGCUACUGGUUAUAAGAGACCGUCUUUGGAUUUCCUUCCGGACGACUGCUUUAGCGAACCAUACGGUCCACCGAACUGGUAUCUUCAGACAUUCCCUCCACAGCAUCCAUCUAUCUCGGCCAUCAACUGCACCUAUUUAUCGGCUAUCGGUACCGUUGGCAACUGGCAUAUCGGCAUCUAUACCCGAAUCCUCCUUAUGUUCCUCGUGGACCCCCUGACGCGUCCAUCCACGUUCUGGAUGGAACGUUGGAUCGACAUGACCAAGGUCCUGAAAGCUACGGCCCCGACCGGUGCUUUCGACUUCUUCACUUACCUCGAGUUGAUCUGGUGGUUCUUCUUUUGCGUCACUAUAAACCCAUUCCGAUGGAAGUGGGCACUCUUUGUCUUCUUCGGCCUAGUAUUUGCGCUACCCAAGCAUGUAGUAGCCGCGGAAGACCAGGUUCGAAACGGCAUUGGGUAUUCCGGGGCUGACGAGCGAGACAGAGACGUCGGCAAGAGCUUCUAGGAGAUUGUCGGCGCUAGAGAUGCGCCUCGCUCGAAAAUUUCGGUUUCGAAAUCCCUAGAAUACCUAGAAGGUCAACGUAUAAUCGCCAUGAUGGAAAUUAUACGCCAUGAUGGAAUCGAAUCCUGCUAGCCGCUACGCUGUCAAUCCUCAUCACAAGUACGUUAGAUAUGGCUACCAUUACAAUCUGUAUAAUGGUUUAUUAUAUGAAAACCCUCUCCGCAACCAUAAGAAACGGCGCCUUGCGACCAAAUUCGUGCGACCAGCAUCGAUCGAUGUCACUACGAGAAAUCCUUAUAUUAAGGCUCUCCCCUUAGAGCGAAUUUUUUCGAUGCUCGAACGGGAACCCUAGUGUGCAAUAGGUUUCAUCAACCU